UUCAGCUUGCCUGUACUUAGUGAAGCCUCUUCACAUCUGCCCUUUUCCAACAUUGCGCUCUCGGCUCGCCGUUUGCUUGAGCUGCCGUUCUCCACUCCAUUCCUUCGUUCUGCACUCACCUCUCAAAAUUGUCUCAUUGUGUGCUCGGUUUGGGCUUCCCUCACAUGCGUGACUGUG